AAAGGAUGGAGUGGAAGAAAACGUAGCGAAAAACUUGAGCCAGCCCGUGGCUAGAAUGGAAGUAGUAUCCGUUCUCCCUUUUCUAUCCCGUUUCCUCCCCGCCGCCGCCGGGUCUUCCCGCCAAAACUCCGUUACCCCGGUUCCUUUUUCGUGACCAAACCCGUCUCCGUCGAGCUCCCUCCUCCGGGUCCCUCUCGCAAUCCUAUCCUCUUCGCAGUAGCAAUGGGGAGGAGUCCGAGGAGUCUCCGUUCCUGGGCGAAGAUGGUGUGGUCGAGGACAUGGACGGCUAUCUCAACUAUCUCUCACUUGAAUACGAUUCCGUUUGGGACACCAAACCCUCAUGGUGUCAGCCAUGGACUAUAUUGCUUACUGGAGUGAUGGUAGUUGCAUGUAGCUGGAUAUUCCUUCAUUCAUUAAUAAUCACUGCUGGAGUCCUCUCUUUGAUAUGCACAUGGUGGUAUAUCUUUCUGUAUUCUUAUCCUAAGGCAUAUUCGGAUAUGAUAGCCGAGAGGAGAAAAAAAGUUACCAGUGGACUUGAAGAUACAUUUGGUCUUAGAAAGAGUCAAUGAUCUAAGCAUCAAAAGGCCGUGAAUUCUUAUGGUUCCUUCAAAACGUCUCUAGAUUAAUGGAAAAGGUAAAGACAUAGGCCAGCUAGAACUGGCUAACAUAUUCUGUACUCUCUGAGAGUUUCUAGGAAACCAGGGAAGAUUUGACUUUGACAAUUCUAAAGAAAAUGAACAGGAGAAAAGAUUAAAAAGAAGGAAGAUUCCUGCCUGGACUCCUGCCCAUGAAACUCUGUUAUUCUGAUUAGUUUUAGGGAUCCUUUGUUAGAAGAGCACAUUAAUCAUUUUUCUUUCCCAUAUGUUUCAUCUUCAUGUCUAUAUAUAUUGGUUAAGUUUAUUUUUCUCUAUUUUUCUUAAGUUUUACUUUUUGCUUUGAAUAUGUAAAGUGAUCCAGAGUUGUUUUAGAGGAAUCGUAAAUGUGAUUUCCCUCUUCAUCUUUCUGGCCAUGUUGCUCAUGACCUCCAAAGAUUGAAGUAAUGUACAUAUGAAUUGGAUAAAAUAGGCUGGUCCUAAUUGAAAAAAUAUGAUUUCUGGUUAUGGUUU